AUGUGCACUGGUAUGCCUGUGGACUUCAGCUCGACCUUCAACACCGGCAACCCAGUCAUCCUCCAUCAGAAGCUCACCCAGAUCACACCUCUCAAGACCACUGAAUGCUCCAAACAACGAGAAAAAGUGUUCAGCAGGAUGGUUUAUGUUGUUGACACCCCCGGUCUCUUUGACACCGAUCAGUCUGACGAAAAAGUGAAGAGAGAAAUCUCAAAAUGCAUCAACAUGAAAGCUCCAGGACCCCAUGCCAUUCUGCUGGUUAUCAAAUUUGGAACCUUUACAGCAGAAGAAAGAGAGGCAGUGAUGAAGGUGGAGAUCUUUGGAAAGGAGGCCUGGAAGUACACCAUUAUCCUCUUCACUCAUGGAGAUGAGAUCAAGUCAAACUUUGAGCAAAAGCUUAAGAAUGCUCCAUCUGGCCUGCAGGAGAUAUUAAAGAAGGCUGGAAACAGAUACCACGUGUUCAACAACCUCCAAGCAAGUGAUUGUCGACAAGUUAUCAUUCUGCUGGAGAAGAUCCAGAAGAUGGUAGAUGACAAUGGAGGACAGUUUUACUCAAAUGGUACCUAUGAAGAGGCUAAGAAGAUGUUGGAUCAGCAAGAACUUGAUAUGAAGAAGUACUAUGAAAAGGUGCUGGAAGAGAAACUGAAAGCUGUAAAGGCAGAUUAUAAGAGGCAGUUGAAUGAAGCUACAGAGGAACAUGAGCAGGUAGAGAAAAAGUUAGAGACUGAGUUGGACGAGUUCAAGCGAUACUACAGCGUCCUAGAGAGCGGAGUCCAUCAGUUUUUAGAGCAGAUAGACAAAGAUGAUGACUAUGGUGAACUUUGCAAGCAGUAUGAGGAAACCCUGAAACUGAACUGA